GAGGGGGCGAUCCCUUCCCUUGCAACCAAAGCCACCGCCACCCCACCAUUGGCAUUACUGCUUCUCCCCUCCCGGUCGCCGUCGACCCCCAUACCGGACGGAAGGCGCGAGGCGGGCCGACGAGAUGAUGGAGGCCGACGCGCGGCGGUUGCCCGAAAUGGCCGGCGCACGCAUGGCUUCCGCGCCCGCGGCUGGAUCCUCUGCCCGGAAACGCGCCCGCGGCUAGGUGCGGCGUGGGCUCGCGGCUCGCCGCGUCCGCGCGCGCGUGUGUACAUAUAUACAUACAGCAGCAGCUGACCGGCGUCGCCGACCGUUUGCUGCGGCGAGGAGUGCGCGCUGCGAAUGGUCAUCAUGGCCGGGAUGCUCCCCGGCGUGGAGUGCGCGCGGCGGCGGCGGCUCCGGCAGGGCGGGGCGGGCGCCGGCACGGAGGCGGGCGGGGGCACGAGGCGGCCAUCCUUCUGCCUGUACGCGGCCGGGCACGGCGGGCAUCCGGCCGCCGGCCUCGGCGGCGCCGGCAGUUCCGGCAAGCAGCGGAGCGCCGUGAUGGAGAUGAUACACGGGUGGACGCUCGACAGCAAUGCCCGGGAGGCCAAGGAGCGGCUGGACCAGAAGCUCCGGAGCAAGAGGGAGGCCGCCAUCAAGAGGCACCACAGCACGGGGAGCAUAAAGCUGAGCAGACCCCACCACCACGUGGGCGGCGGCGGUGGCGGCGCGGAGGAGCGCGGCGAGAGCUCGGCCUCGGCGGCGGCGAUGGCCGGCGUGCAGCGGGAGGUGUACUCGAGGAAGGGCGUGAUGCGGCGGCUGAUGCGGUGGAGCCGGCCGCGGUGGGCGGCGGCGGAGCAGGCGGAGUGCGCGGUGUGCCUGGACGAGUUCCGCGCCGGCGACGUGCUGGCGCACCUUCCCUGCGGCCACCGCUUCCACUGGGCCUGCGCGGCGCCCUGGCUCGAGGGCACCUCCCGCUGCCCCUUCUGCCGCGCCGCCGUCGACGCCAACCCACACGCCACCGGCCCAUAGAUACGCCUCGCCCCCCCCCCCCCCCCCCCGGCCCGGCGGGGCCAGCGACGUUGCCGGCGGCCGGUGUGCGCGCGCGCCUACCUGGAAGCAAAGCUAAUCAACGUCAGGCUCAGACACCAAUCAAGCCCGGCGAGCCACACCAUUGCCAUGCUGACGGAAAUUGGAGACGAGUGGAGUGCGCACGACCGCACGAGACAUCCGUGAAUCUGCUGCCGGUUUUGCACGCAUCCGACGGCGCCGUGUCGGCCUGCCGUUCUCCUUGCUCCCAUGCCAUGAGCCCAUGAGCAAGCAAUCGAUGAGCGUUUUUCCUACGGCGAGUAGGCACUGUACAGUGUGUAGCGUUUCCCAACGUAAUCCAGAAAAAAAAAGAGGGGACUGCAGUAAUUUGGAUCGAGAGCCUUGAUUUACAGUGUUUACUAAUUACUGCUUUGAUGAACUUAAACUGCUCAUUUGAAGGUUUGAGUCGGAGUCA